UCUCCUCCCUGUUAAAAACGGGCAUUUUCACCAUCAUUGUCACAUAGCUGUUGGCCAACCUGGAAGACUGGAGCCAAGAGUUCACCGGAUUACAACUUUAAAUGAAUUCAUCGCUGGUUUCCUACAAUGGCACAGGUGCUUCAGACAGUGGCUUUUAUAUCAUUACAUUCCAGACUUUACAGAACAAAAACUACUUGAUUUUUGCUCUGUCAAUCAUUUUCUUUAUUACACUCAUGGUUAAUCUCGUCCUGUUGGCUUUUGUGUACUCAAACCCGAGCUUGCACAAUGCAAAGUAUGUUGCGGUGUGCAACCUAGCGGUGGUCGAUAUCUCCCUUAGCAGUGUUAUCAUACCUCAAAUGGUGCCAGUCUUUGUGCUAAACCUGAGCUACGUGUCAUUUGAGUUGUGCUUUUCUCAGAUGUUUUUCCUGCAUUUCUUUGCUGACAUGGAAUCUUUUUCUUUGGCUGUUUUGGCAUAUGAUCGCCUAGUUGCUAUAUGCCUCCCUCUACGAUAUCCAGUUAUAAACACCAUUCAAAGAAUGUGCCUCAUUCUGGCUGGUGUAUGGUUUCUGGUUUUUCUCCUGGAAAUUUAUCCUGUGAGUCUGGCCUCUAGAUUGUCCUACUGUGCUUCCAGGGUUGUGCGUAGCUGUUGCUGUGAGCAUGGGCCUGUAUACAUACUGGCCUGCGGUGACAUUUCAUAUAAUAAGAGACUAGCAACAGCAAAGUCGAUGGUCGUUCUACUGUGUCCUCUGGCUUUCAUCAUCAUCACCUACCUUAUAGUGGUCAUCACAGUGCUGAAGAUUGCUUCUGUGGAACAGUGCUGGAAAGCCUUCAACACCUGCUUCACACACUUGCUCCUGGUUCUGACUUAUUACCUGCCUGUGAUUCUAGCAUAUCUGUUAGGAAGUGUGCGUUUGAUGUUGACUCCAGAUCUGCUGACUGCAAUUAUAACUGUGACCUCCACUUUGCCUCCCAUGCUGAACCCCAUCAUUUACAGCCUCAAGACAGAAGAACUGAGGGUAAUAAUAAUAAAGGUGCUUGGAUGGAAAAAGGUGGCCCCUGAAUUAAGCAAUAAACAUUCAACAAUCAACUAAAACUGUUCUAUGUUUUAAUUUCAUUGAUUAAAACUGGACAUUUAUUUUUUAGGAAUUUACUUCCAUUAUUCAUUAUUCUGUUACGUAUUAUUGCAAAUGUGUGUAAUUUACCAUGUUUUUGUACCCUAUUAAUUAAUUUCUAAUUUAUUAAUUUUGUUUACCCCGUUCAUUUUUUGUGAAAAUAAUUGUAUACUUAUUGCAUGUAAAUGUACUAUAAAAAUAUGUAUAUAUUGGAAAAUAAAAAGUGUAUGUAAUUUGUGACAAAUAGAAAGUACCAGAAAAUGGAGUUUUUAAAUUUUCUUUUUGAUCAAGGUGUUUUUGGUAAUUAACGAAGUGCACUCUAACAAUAACCUGACUCAAAUUA